AUGCAUUCCUCCGAGCAUGCUCGCCGCAGCCAGAGGCGACGCCCCGAGCUCAACAUCAACACCGUCGGCACCAAGUCCCUGACCAGGUACUCGACGGCGCCGCAGUUCUCUCCCGAGUUCAGGCCACCUGUGCCUGCCAAGGGCAACCUGCGGACGGGCUCGCUGGGCAAGUCGUCGAGAGCGCCUACGCAGAACAUGCGAGACGCUGCAGAGGUCGAAACCUUCCUCGACAUGCUCACGCCCGCCGACAUGUCCUCCAACAAGGAAAACGACCGGCCUGUUUCCAUGGAGCCCCCGCGUCAGCCAAACGUUCGAGACUCCCACGACCUGUCCCUCCCCCAACGACACGUCCGCGACUCGCUCGUGUCCAACAUGCUCCUGUCCCUCGACCAGUUCUCCAUGGGCCAGAUGAACAGCGAAGGUUCGGCGCCCAACUACGACAACCCCUUGUAUUCGUUCGGCGGCGGCGGAGACGAGCCGAGAGGAGGAGCGGCGAUGGGUCCUACGAUCAGACGCCGUCCCAAUCACGGGUACACGUACAGCUCAGACUACGAGAUGGCAGACAGCGACAGCCGGAUAUCAAGUCAGCAAUCACGCGGCCGCCGAAGCAAUAGCAGCUCCGGAUUCCAGUCGAGUUUGGGCCGAAUCAACAGUAUGCGUGAAUCCCUACACCGGGGUUCUCAGCCAGGGACACCGAGGAUGCUGCACUCUCGAGGCGGCAAGGGCAGCAAGAGCAGCAGCACCAACAGCAUUGACCAGGGCUCUGCUCAAGUGCUCAGCAGUCAACGCUGGGCACACAGCUUUGGAGGACGAUCGUCCAGUUUUGACUACGGACAGAGACCAUCGACCAGCGCGCAGCCUUGGCACAUUGAGUUCUCCAAUACAUUUUUCAAUGAGGAUCUGGAUGCCGCUCCGACACCGACUGUACCUGGCGGACCGCGUAGGUUGGCACCCGCGCCUUCAAUGCCCUCCUUUCCUCGACCCGAGCCGCCUCCCGAGCCUGCGCCGAGCAAGGGACCUGGCGUCGAGCGGAAACGUAGCACACGAUCCUCGAGAAGUGCGACCGUUGGCCGACAGGCCCAAUCCAAAUUCAAUACCAACAAUGACAUUCCCGCCCUCCCGGCCUUUGACCUCGACUCGGCUCCUGCGCCCCAUGUAGGCUAUGAGAAAGCCAAGGACCCCGUGCCUCAGACCGCUGCGCCUCUACCGCCUCCCAAGGAACGAUCCGGGUUCUUCAGAAAGAUAUUUGGAGGGUUCCGCGAUACGUCGGCAGAGUCGCCGCCUCCUCCGUCUCAGACCUCGCCUUAUGUAUCCUCGGGUUCGACAGAAACAGUGGGAAGUAGAGGAGGCCAGCACAUCAACCAGACCAAGACACAAAGCACACCUCCAUCCAGACAAAGCCACCACUCUACCCAUGGUCCUACAUUACAAAAGAAACCAUCUAGCUUUUUCAGGAGGCGCAAGAAGAGUGUCAAUGACGCAGCUCCUCCACCUCCACUACCAGCUUCCGUCGCAGCUCCUCACCCUGUGAUGCCUUCACUCCAACUUCCCCAAUCCCAAGGGCCUUCAAAACCGGAACCUAGCCCUGCCACUAGCUUGAGCCGGGCUAUGAGCCCGUAUCUCAAACAGGCCGCAACAGCGCCGGUUCUGGCCAGUCCUGGAGCGGAAGAUGCACAUAACGACGAACGAAGACCGACACCACCCCCUCGAGACGAAGCCCCGGCGCGAAAUGUUAGAGGCUUCUCGCCUGACUACGAGCCUCCUCCCAGCGCAAUUAUCCGGCCAGUACAUCACAGUGCCAGCAAUCAAGACAUGUCGCGUUCAAACCGACAAAGCAAGCUGCGCACAGACACCACCGCUCGACAAGCUCCCCAACCACCGCAUCCCGCUCGCAGUGGCUCGUUCUUGAACGACAACAGCGACAGUGAAAGCAGCCCCCAGCGUGUAGCGCAACGGGCAGUGGACAACUACAGAGCUGGAUCCCGUACCAGCCAAAAAGAUGCCAGCAGCGGUGCCCCAUCGCCUAUUACACCUCUGAUCAAAUCACCGGAUACCAUAGUGAAGGCAGAUGUGAGCCCUCCGCGAGACAUCAUAGUAGUGGACAGCACAGACGACGACGAAGGCACUCGUUUAACCCUGCCGAUUCAGAGCGCUAGCUCGCCGCGAAACACUCUUUCGCCCACCGAUGGCCCAAGAAUUAGGAGUUCCAUGAGUCUGCCAAACGUCAGGGUGGAGAGCUCCGAGUCGACUCCUUCGACACAGACGACGCCCAAGCCUGCCAAACCCAUCGACGAACCCGAGUUCGUCGUCGGCGAGCCCACCGAAGAUGACAAACAGAAGGCGCAAAAGAUCUUUGACGGCAACGAAGAUUUCAUCCAGAAGGAGAAGGCCGCAGCGUGGAUGGGCGAGGAGGGUCCUGUUCGCCAGCGUACCUUGCAGGCGUACAUGGACUUGUAUGACUUCAAGAACUCCAGCAUUGUCAAUGCUCUUCGGGAUGUCUGUUGCCGCCUCAUUCUCCGUGCCGAAACUCAGCAGGUUGACCGGAUUCUCGUGGCCUUUUCCAAGCGGUGGUGUGACUGCAACCCCAACCAUGGCUUCAAGUCUAUUGAUGUUGUGCACACCACUUGUUACUCGAUCAUGCUCCUGAACACCGACCUUCACGUUGCUGAUAUUGAGUCAAAGAUGACCCGCAGUCAAUUCGUCAAGAAUACCAUGACAACUAUCAGACAAGCUCUGGCUGAGUCGGUGCCCGAUGUAUUCGAGCGACCAAGCAUCUUGCCGGGAAAGAAUCAGAACUUGGGUGUAGACGAAGGACGCACAUCUGGCGACCAUGAUCGUACAACUAGCUUCCGGAACUCGUUCAUCUCGCCCCUGCGAUCGGAGUCAUCCAUGGGUCAUCGGGAUGAUCCUGACGGCUGCGGACCUUUGGUCAAGGCUCCCUUCGAAGGCCCGCUGCGGGCUUGGGAGGCCCAGGUUGAGAUCGUGCUCAAGGAGACUUACAACUCUAUCAGAGACGACCGCUUGCCCUUGUACGGGGCUGAGCCGGCUCAAAGCAUCCCUGGAUCGAGCAGUCUGUCGGUCAUGGGCAUCCUCAAGCGCACGCCGAGUGUUCUUAGCAAAGCACCUUCUGAGGGUGGAGCAUCGACGCGCGGUCGAAUCAAUGAUACCACGCGCACCAACACAUCGCGAUGGGCGUCCAAGAGUCGGUCGAGGGCUAGAUUGGGGAACAACGGGUUCUCGUCUAGCAGAACGAGCUUUGACGACAACAACUCGCUGUGGAGCCCGACGCCUUCGUCCGCAACCUGGAGCCGAUAUUCGCUAGGCCGGACCCAAGGGUCUGGCUCUAUCGAUUCAUUCGGCUCCGCCUUUCCCCGUGGCGACUUCCAGCAGUCUAUUGGAUUCGCUAACGCGCUCAGCCAGGCCAUCGAUACCAUGGGUAGUGCCCAAUCGCUGGCCAGCGACGACAUGAAGAGUGCUCAACUCCUGGACGAUGAGUCCCUGGAAUUGGCCGGUCCACCAUGGAUCAAGGAAGGCAUUGUGGUUCACAAACACCAUUUAGACGGCAUUGAUAAGAAGGCCAAGGAUAGGAAUUGGUCCGAGGUCUUUGCGGUCAUUCAGCGAGGGCAGAUGAGCAUCUUCUCCUUCUCAUCCAACAAAUCAACCCGAUCCAAGGGCCGCAGCCGGCAGAACACCGCGACACAGAAAGGUGCGGUCGUCGGCGGCGGUAACUGGCAGGAGAAUGCCACGAACAUGGGCACUUUCAGUCUGAAGCAGACCCUGGCGAGUGCUCUUCCCCCGCCGGGCUAUUCGCGUACUCGGCCGCACGUCUGGGCCCUCAGUCUGCCCACGGGCGCCGUGCAUCUCUUCCAUGUGGGCACAGCUGAAAUCUGCAAGGAAUUUGUCACGACUGCCAAUUACUGGAGCGCACGCUUGAGCACCCACCCUCUCGUUGGUGGUAUCUCCAACAUUGAGUACGGCUGGAGUGACUCGAUUGUGCACAACUCGCUCGUCAACGCCAUUAACAACAAAGAUCCCUCGAGUGCGCAGAAUGAUACAUCCCGGCCGGAGUCUGCGGCAGCCGGUCGCACCAGCAUGCAAUCCCGCACCUCGAUCCGGUCUGGUUCCUUCGACUUUGGACAUGUCCGCGGUAAGUCGUCGACCGACAUGUCCCAGGGUGCUUCGCGUCACGGAGGCAGCAAGCUUCCGGGUGACAAGAUCCACAUUGCCGACUGGCAGCCGCCGACGCAGUCUCUGCGGCCCUCCAAUGCGGCCGAGCCGGAGCAGCUCCAGACGCUGCUCACCUACGUCCGCGGCAUCGAGGACGAGCUGCAGGCGCACAACGCGUUGCGCAGCCCGAUGCUGCUGGCGUUCACCCCCAGGGGCCACAACGCGAACAAGGCCAUGUCCAACUGGGAGCGCAAGAGCAGCUACCUGCUGCGCGAGAUUGUCAAGUUCAGGACGUACGUCGACUGCCUGCAGGAGGCGGAGAGGCGGCGCGGCGAGAUCUAUGCGGAGCGGGAGGUCGCGCAGCGUGCGGCCAGGGGAGAGGAGGCGGGCAGCAUCGGGAGCGAGGAGGACUUUGCCAAGGAGUUUGGCAUGAGAGGUGCCGCUGUGGGCGGCGCGGGUGCAGGCGCAGAAGACGAUGAGGGAGAAGAGACGCUGAAGCCCAAGGCGAGGGCUUGA